AUCAGCGUCAUGCCCGAGCCAGCAAAGUCCGCGCCCAAGAAGGGCUCCAAGAAAGCCGUCACCAAGACCGCAGGGAAAGGCGGCAAGAAGCGCCGAAAGUCUAGGAAGGAGAGCUACGCCAUUUACGUGUACAAAGUCCUGAAGCAGGUCCACCCCGAUACCGGCAUCUCCUCCAAGGCCAUGGGAAUCAUGAACUCGUUCGUGAACGACAUCUUCGAGCGCAUCGCCGGAGAGUCGUCUCGCCUGGCCCACUACAACAAGCGUUCCACCAUCACCUCCAGGGAGAUCCAGACCGCAGUGCGCCUGCUGCUCCCCGGAGAGCUGGCCAAGCACGCAGUGUCCGAGGGCACCAAGGCCGUGACCAAGUACACCAGCUCCAAGUAAACAGCGCAUUUGGAGUGCUGUAGUAACCCAAAGGCUCUUUUAAGAGCCAC